AUGUCCUCACAAAAUGAAUGUUUCUCUCAACAAACUGCAUUCCAUACUGCUGGUAGUAACAAACCUAUAGAAGUUAAACAACAAUCACUAGCCCGUGUCGCUCAAAUUAUGGGUGCAGUUGGUCAAGAAGCUGAAAAGACUAGUUCUAAUGAUUACGAAAAUGAAUUCGAGGGUGAUGAAGUUGAUGAUGAUCUUGUAUUUAGCACUGUUCCUCAACGAGCAUCAAAUCCAACAACGACACAGAUACAUUUUGAUGAGAUCGAUGAUGAUGAAAUGCGUCGUUUUGCUGAGUCAUUUGAACAAGAACAAAAGGACACAAAAAUGAAUGACAACGAUCGCAUUCGUAAUCAGGAUGAAGACGAUCAACUUUGUGAAGAUUACGCAAAAAUGCAAACGCCCACGAAAUCGUUACGUAUCGAAAAUAAGAAGAGAAAGGAACCGUGCAUUGAAGAUCUCGAUGCACUCUUGAACGAUGAUGGCGACGAUGAUGAUGUUCAUGAAGGAAAGCAUCGAGAGAAUCUCAUGGAACACGAGCAAAUGUCACCGGUGUUUAAAAAGAAAUUAUAA